AUGCCUACGCCCCUGGACAAAGCUCUUCAGUCUAAGGUAUUUUCUCCUCCAAAGUCUAACUACAACUGGUUUGUUGGCCUUGUGACUGCUGCCGCAGUAUGGAGUAUAUGGGGAAGUGAAAUGUUCCCUGCUGAAGCCGACCCGACUGGAGAUCCCGAAUAUUGGACGUUUGACGAGUUGCGGAGGUGGCUCCGAGCGCGCGGACGGCUCCCCAACGAGCAAGCCUCAAGGGAAGAGUUGCUAGAGAGGGUAAAGGCAAAUAUGAGGCCUUAG